UGCAUUAUAUGAGUUUAAAUUAUUUGAUACUUUUGUGUGGCAAGACUGACUUCACACCAGCUGAGGUCAUGUGGUCAGAUCUCCUCUCCUAAUGUCCUAAACCUAAUUUCUCCUGUGUGUCUCCGUCAUGUUACUUUUAGCCAUUUCAUCAGCCAAAGUUACUUAAGUUUUCAUCAGAGUUUUUAUAUUUUUGUCCGUUUCUCUUGUUUUCCUCAAAGAUGCAAAAGUUGGUAAAGGCGGCAAAAGAAGGAACUAAAGACGGGCUGGAGAAGACCAAAGCUGCUGUGAAGAAGGGACGCUCCUUCAUCAAAACAAAGUCUUUUUGUCAUGAGAGGAAGCCCAUGUAUCUCGAGAGCGAGGAGUCAGAGCUCUUCAUUGAAGUGGACUGCUUCACCGUGGAGCCAGUCCUGAAUCCAGCACCAGAAGGCCUUUCACAGCAGCAGCUUGUUAGAAGAUGUAUUUUGGAAUCUAUUUUGGAAAGUGAGAAGAACUAUCUCAAUGCCCUCAAAAGGAUUUUAGAGCAAUAUGAGAAGCCGCUGUCCCAGAUUGAACCGAGGCUGCUCAGCGACAGGAAGCUGAAGAUGAUCUUCUACCGCGUGCGUGAGAUCCUGCAGUGCCACUUCCUGUUCCAGAUCGCUCUGGCAAGCCGGGUCGCGGAGUGGGACGGCCUUGAGAUGAUCGGGGAUGUGUUUGUUGCAUCGUUCUGUAAGUCCAUGGUGCUGGAUGCCUACAGCGAGUACGUGAACAACUUCAGCACUGCGAUGGCCGUCGUGAGGAAGACCUGCAUCUCCAAACCUGGAUUCCUGGAAUUUCUUAAGGUUUCAGAGACAAACUGGUCCAAAAAUGUGAACCAAACACACAUAAAUGACAUGAAUGUUGGCCUUGUGUUAGUCACCCCUAACUAUAUC